AUGAGUGACAACAGCACUUUGGUUCCUCCUCCAGCUUCAAACCAGGGUCCCACCAACCCACGCAAAGGCCCCCCCAAGUUCAAGCAGAGACAGACCCGCCAAUUCAAAAGCAAACCUCCUAAGAAAGGCGUUAAAGGGUUUGGAGAUGACAUUCCAGGCAUGGAGGGGCUAGGAACAGACAUUACGGUGAUUUGUCCAUGGGAGGCCUUCAGUCACCUGGAAUUGCAUGAGCUUGCCCAGUUUGGAAUCAUAUAA